UAAAUUCGCCAAUCAACAUCAAGCUCUCAUUGUGUGCUUUCAAAUGAAAAGCGGCAAGAAAAGAAGAAACGGAGUCUUGAACAUAAUAUCCUAGUAUUUAUUUUUGGUAUUUUGCGGAAGCCAACGCAAUAUAUAUAAUGGCGGGCUUCAGACCGGACAUCAUCCGGAUGGAGGUGGUAGAAAAACUUGAUGUUUGUUUUGGUACACUAUACAAGAUAUGGACUGACAUAGGCAUCUGUGAGAGCCAGAUGGACGAACGUGCAAGGCAAGUUUAUGGACACCUCGACAACCUCCUUGAUGAGAUGGUUGAGGAGGAGAGUGUUCUGCGGGACCAGAUACAGCAGAACAUCCAGGAGUACGCGAUGCAGGUGUCCACGCUGUGUGUUGAGUUGCAUUUACCUCCAUACAAGCAAAAAGAUGGCAUGUCGAUGAUCCAGAAAGAAAAAGACCUCCGUGCAAAGUUAAACAGCUUGAAAGCUGAAAAAUCUGAGCGCUUGAGACUCUACAAGAGCUUGAAGCUUCAAGAUCAACAUUUGUGUGAUGUUCUGCAGAUGACUCCAUACUACAUCCCGUCUGGAACUGUUCCCACAACGGAGCAGUUGAGUGAGCUUGAAAAACACCUAGAUGCACGGAACGCAGAAAAGCAAGAUCGGCAAAUGAAAUUUGUAUCAACGAAAAAAAAAAUCAUUGAAUUGUUCAAUGAACUGGAAUGCAACCCAGAUACUUCCUUUGAGAGAGAAAUCAUAUGUGAAGAUGAUGAUUCAUUUGUGUUGUCAGCAGAAAAUAUGAUGGCUUUGAAGAAUUUGUAUGAAGAGCUGGAAAAUAAGAAUGACAGCCUGAAGGAAGCCACAUUGUCACUGUGGUCAGAUCUGUUUGCUCUCUGGAACAGGCUGGACGUACCUGAAGAAGAAAGAGAAGCCUUCAAAGUGGGCAAGGAUGGUCACAAACCUGCUGUUCUUGAAGCAUUGCGUGCCGAGAUUGCCCGAUGUGAAGCACUGAAGUUUGAAAAUAUCCAGCGCUUUGUUGACGGCAUAAGAACUGAACUGCAAUGCUUGUGGGGGAAGUGUUUUUUCAACAAUGAACAACGUGAACGGUUUAAAUUCAUGCAUGAAGACACAUACACUGAAGAACUUCUCAAAGUGCAUGAGAAUGAAUUAGAAGAAGUCAAAAGUUAUUACAACACAUACAAAGAUUUAUUUGAUAAAUUGGAAAAGUGGGAAGCUUUGUUCCAGGAAAGAGUGGAAAUUGAGCGAAAGGCAAUGGAUCCCAACCGCUAUAAAAACAGACGUCAUAAUUACAUAUUGCAAGAUGAAAAGGCCAUGAAAAAGGUUCAGAAAGAACUCCCAAAGGUUGAAGAAGAAGUUAGAAAUGCUGUACACGAGUGGCAACAACAUCACAAGAAAGCCUUUCUCGUAGAAGGAAUGUCUUUCACAGACUAUGUUAAGCAGAAGUGGGAUGCAUAUCAUGAGGAGAAAAUCAGAGAAAAAGAACAAAGGCAAAUAGCCAAAGCUAAACUAAUCCAAGAUGAGAUGGCAUUUGGCAGCAGGCCAACAACUCCUAGUAAAAGAGCUCUUUGUGGCACACCAUCGAAAACCCCAAACAAAUAUAGAAAGUUGAAUGAAACAAAAACACCUGGUUCAGUAAGCCGUAUUCAGCACUCCAGCAUUUUUGCAUCACCGUAUGGUCGAGCACCUCUGUCUUCAAGCAAGGCACCGAACAGGUCAUUAAGAAGGCGAUCAAAGCGCCUUGCACGCCAGGUGUUAUCGGAGUGUAAGAAUAACAACAACACAAAACACACGAAAAAUAACACGAUAUUCAGCCAGACCACGGUAAGCAGCAACGAGGGGAGUAGCAUCAACAUGAGCCUAGCGUCCACCGGGUCAUAUCAAGACUUUGCUGUACCCAAGGUAGUGCCACGGGAAAACACGAAACCUCAGACUGUGGCCCAGUAGCUCUAUAACAGUUGUCCAGGUUGGUCUGAAUCCAGCUUCUCGGCCAUAUUGUCGUAGCAGUACCAUACUCCGCAGUCCAGCGAAGCCACACUAGUCUAGUGACAUUUUACUAUAGAGACAGUUUUAGAUACUGCACAAUAUCCAGUUCAUGGCGAUACAAGGAGAUGCAGAAGACUGGAGUGAAAUAUAAGAAUAUCAACAUGAAUGCAUCAGAAGAAAAUUCAAGAAAUGUUUUAAAAAGAAGAUGCAGCCAUUACUGGAAUGCUACCUGUACCCAUUACAAUCUGUACUUAUAAAACUUAUAGUCUGAACUCAGGGUUGAAAUGGUUUAAUUAGAGUAGCUCCAUGCAAUGUCUACAGUCAGGACUGAUGUUUUGGCCAGUCCAGAUUCUAAGUUUUAAAGUAUGGAACCUAGCCUAUUAGAAGCAGAACGAAAUAAUAGAAUGUUCUAAGCAUGUGACAGCUUUUAGGACAAUGCAUAUGCUAUUUGUGAUAUAUAUUCUGAGACAUUUGACUUGUAUAUUUUGUUGGCUGUUGGUGUGCUAGCAGUCAUGAUCCCUUUUCUUCUGUGAAAACCAAAGACUGAAGGGACUGACAUUUGUGCCAUUCUGUGGGGUAGAAUUACACUUUUAAUAACUAUAUAAAUAUAGUCUUUCAAUGUGCAUACCUUGCAUCACUCUGCAAGUUUGUCUUUUGUAACCUGAUUUAUAACUAGUACAUUUAGGAUUAUUUAUAUGGUAGUUGUGUUGAAGAUGUUGCAGAUCUUUAUAUUGUGUCCACAUUUUCUUAGAUCCUUUUUUUUUCUUCAAAACUUAUAUAUAUGCAUACAGACAAACAUACAAAUGCAUGCAUUCAAAUACAUUCAACACCAUCAAGUCGUGUUCCCUCAACAUCUUUAAAAGUAUAUGUUAGCAUGGUGUGACUCCGUGAGUGUGUGCAUUAUUUUAUUUUAUUAUAAGUUUAUGGGUCCACUGAAAUAUGACAAAAUUAAUUAGCAGGGUUUAAUUUUUUUUUGUGCCUGUAAACAGAAUUCAUGUUACCACAAAUAAAAAAAAAAUAUAUAAAAAAUAAUGAUGUACCUGAAACCUGGCCAAGAUUGCACCAAAGUCAAGGUGAUAAACACUGUGCCCAAAAUACAUCUUUCCAAAUUAAGUGUAAAAUGAAAACACUGAAAUGUAAGCAAGUUUAAUUAGAUUAAAAUAACUUGGAUUGCAUUCUUAAAUGUUCACAUCUCUCCAGCACCUUUUAAUGACACUGUCUAAAAUGUCCCCUUUAUGCCCAAAUCUAAAGCCCAGCCAAUUUUUUUCUGUGAGUAGGAGUCUGAUUAUCAUGUUAUUGGUACUGGGUGGUAUGAUACAAAGAAAUGCUUAUUAGCUCUUAGAUUAAGGUCUGUACAUAUCUUGUGUCAUUAAUCUGUUCUUAUAAGUACAUGUCAUGCCCAGUUUUACAUUGGCAUUACUGAAUAAUGUUAAUAGUAUCUUUUUUGUCUAAAUUCUAACCAUACAGCAUUGUAUUCAAAUAGGGUGUUUUUUUAAUCAAAUUUUAUAAGGAAACAUUUGUAUAAUCUGUAUUGUUUGUUUUUUUAUUUGAAUAAUAAUUUUAAAAAACCUAAAUAUUAUUUUACUCCCAUUUUAGGUAAUAUAAAAGGCUGUAGAUUUUAGAUUAAUAUAUUUUAUAAUAAUAUUUUGUGAAGCUGAUCUAAGAAUAUUUUCUGAUAAAAUGCCGAAAAAAUACCUAUUUAGUCCUUCCCAACAAUGAAUGUUGUUUUCUUUUGGUAUUUACUAUGUUUUUAUGUAUGUUUCAACUGAUUGAAACUGAAAUUAUUUACAAUGCUUAUGGAGCUGGGGAAAAUUAUAGUUCCAAAGUACAAUUGUAACAGAAACAUCAAUCUCCAUUGAGAGGAUUCAAUUCGAGCACUCGUUAAAAAGGGGGAAAAAGCAAAUUUAGUGGUGGUAGGAAGUCCUUAUCUAUAGGUCAUGUUUCAUAUAUAUAGUUUGACCAUUCUGGCUAAUAAAACUAUCAUUAAACAUAUUUCUUUCAAACAAUUUCAAAAUAAUGUGCUGUAGUUUUGACAUUGCACCACGAUGUUGGAGCAAACACAACUCCUGUUGUAAAUCCAUAGCUUGAAGCAUUUCAAGCAAUUACCUUUUCUUUUUUCAAUAUACUAAACAUCUCUCGUAAUAUAUUGAAAUUUUAUUUUUUAAUCAGACAUUCAUGGUGUGCAUGUACUAUAUUAUAUAUGUAUAUACGUGUAGAUAUGUAUAAUUUUUAUUUUAUUUUUGACAUAAUUUCCUGGAUAUUAUUGCAUACAUGUAUACCUAUAGUUGUAAUUGGGUAUGAAACAAAUGCAGAUGAUUAGUAAUUCAACCCAUGACUUCGUUAUGACUGCUGACAUUUUGUGUUUGUAAGUUUUAUGUAAGGUGUAUAUAAACCGAGCUUUGUAGCUUUUGCGUUUAUUAACUCUGCAAAGUAAACAACACACACACAUUCUACGCAAGUAUUAUUCUUUAACAAAGUUAUUUCAUUUAUCUUCAUUUUGGGCAUGAACAUCUUCAUUUCUACUUUUUCAAGAUUACAAUGGAACAUCAACCUAUAAGUGGUCAACAAUUAUAUAAUUCUUGUGGAAUGCAUUACAAAAUAUGAGGGAGGGAGGAUGGGUAUUCCUGAAGAAUUAAAAGUUUCUUUUGUUUAACGAUACCUCUAGAGCACAUUGAUAUAUUGGAUGUCAAACCUUUGGUGAUAUUUUAAAGGAAACCUGCUACAUUUAUUCGAUUAGCAGCAAGGGAUCUUUUAUAUGUACUUUCCCAUAGAUAGGACAGCACAUACACAUACCUUGGGGUUUGUUAUAACAUGGGGCAUGGAACACUGGUUGGGACAGGGAAAUAGUCUACCCAGAGUGGAUCUAAUGAGAGAUUUCAAUCCUAUGAUGCAAGCCCCUCAGUCAUGGCCAUUUGUUCUUUAGAACAAAGCUAAAAUACAAACAGAAAAACCAUUAAUGUUGGCCAAAUAUUAUUGUGAUCAGAAAAGGAAUGGGGGUGUAACAUGAUUAAAACAAAGAAAGAUCUCUUGCAAUGAACCUUGUUCUACUGUCAGAAAAACUCCACUACUGUCUCCGCAUGAGCAACACACCAGGGCUCACAUUUUCGAAGCGCUGUGAUUGUAAUAUCCACUCUAGGCUAUAGUGAGUGUUGUAGUGAUAUAGCUUAUAACGGUUUUACGAUCAUAGUGUUAGGAUAGCUUUGAAAAUCUGUAACCAGGAUGCAUAUUUUAAUUUAAUCUACUUCAGGUUUGAGAUGCUAUAUUAUAAAAAGAAUGUUAAGAGGGGAAAAACACAGCUUGUAAAUUUAAAAUAACUUGUUUUAUUGUAUAUUUAUUAUUUUCUAAAAAUGCUUUAUCAUUCUAAUGUAAAAAAAUAUCAAAACUGCUAUUAAACCUUUGAAAUGUGAA